UCGACCACUCAAUUUGAUCUGAAUUUGAGGCGCCAAGAACGGUUGCUCCUCAAGGCCAUCGUGGAGUACUUGGAACUGCUAGUGAAUUCACGGCCUGAGAUUACGCUGGUGCUUUCUUCUGUGGUCACGGUCCCUCGACAUGAUGAACGAUCGUCUCGUUUUGUUGCCACCAUACCGGCAGUCGGCGAUGCUAUUGAGGCGCUGAAUGGACUCUGCGAUGAUAUUUCAGAGACGUUGAAACAAAUAGCUGACUUGUCUGCUGAACUGUCUUCGAGAGACCAUAUUCGAGUCGACAACAUUCAGGAGGUACGUCUGCGCGUCUUUCUGGAGGGUGUUCCGAAUUUGAACAAUGUUUGGGUUCGUGCAGAUUGUCAGCGUGUCUGA